UUAAAACACCAUACACAUCUCCUUACACCCCUAAGAGUGGCGGAUUGAAAGUAGUUGAUAAAGGGAAGGGAAUAGUGAAUGAAACCUCAAAAAAAUCAGAUGUAAAAUGCUUUAAGUGUCAUGGUUAUGGUCAUUAUCAAGCUCAAUGUCCUAAUAAAAGAGUAAUGACUUUAAUUGACAUUAAAAACAUUGAAGAAUCACUUGAACAGGAGGAAAACCAAGAAGAGGAACAUGAAGAGGAGGCCGAAAGUGAUGAAGCUUUGGAGGUUGGAGAGGUGACUCAAGGUGAUCAUUUAAGCCUUGUUUUAAGAAGAGUUCUUCAUGCCAAAGAAGCUGAAUUGGUUCCUUCUCAAAGGGAUCAAAUCUUUCAAACAAAAUGCUUGAUUGGAGGGAAGAUAUGUUCGAUGAUCAUUGAUGGAGGGAGCUGCACCAAUGUUGCUUCAUCUUCUAUGGUGGACAAGCUCAAUCAUGCUACUUUCUCACAUCCAAAACCAUAUAAGCUUCAUUGGCUUAAUGAUGGCAAUUGUGUGGAGGUAACAAAACAAGCUUUAAUUAGCUUUUCUUUUGGUGAUUCUUAUAAAGAUGAAGUUUUAUGUGAUGUAUUACCUAUGGAUGCAUGUCAUGUACUCUUAGGUAGACCUUGGCAAUCUGAUAAAGAAACCUUGCAUAAUGGUAGGACUAAUACUUACACUUUCAUGCAUAACAAGAAGAAAAUUGUACUUAGUCCUAGCCCAUGGCCGAAUCAUCUUAAAGCCUAA